AGUUCUAUUUUUUUAGUCCAGCGCGCAGUAUUUCUUUCUCCCUUCAAACCUUGAAACAAGCUUGCUGGCACCAGUUCUUGUUCGUCAGUUCCUGUCGGUUGAUCGCCCAUUUCACUUCCGACAAUGAAUCCACGCUCCCUCGUUGCUUCCGGCAGCAAAUUUCACCGCCCACUCUCUGCAAUUCCUUCUUCUUCCGUCGAUCUUGAUCCGCUCAAGAGGCUUCACCACAAGGACUGGCUGGCGCCGAACGAAGUCAUCAAGAUCAUCAAGAUCCUGAGGGACCCCAAUUCAAUCAUCGGGGCCCUGAACCAGUACGAGAAGCGAAAGGACUACAAACCCAACGAGGCUCUCUUCGCCUUGGCCAUAGACAGGCUCGCGCAAGCCGAAAUGUUCGACCCCAUUGAAGACAUCAUGCGAAGAAUCGUAAAGGAGAGGCCUUGCAGGUUGUCCGACGAGUUCUUCCACAAUGUCAUUAAGAUAUAUGGCAACGCGGCGGGUCGUAUCAACCGAGCAAUAGAGACCCUUUACGACAUGCCUAAAUAUAACGUUUGGCCUUCGGUGAAGUGUUUUAAUUAUGUGUUGAAUUUGCUCGUGUCGUGGAAGCUGUUUGAUGCGGUGCAUGAGGUGUAUAUGCGUGGGCCACAGCUGGGCAUUGAGAUUGAUGCUUGUUGCUUGAAUAUUCUCAUCAAGGGGUUGUGCAAGAACGGGAGCUUGGAAGCUGCAUUCCAACUGCUCGACGAAUUUCCUAAGCAACGCUGUCGGCCGAAUGUGAAGACGUUCUCAACGUUGAUGCACGGAUUGUGCGAGCAAGGAAAGGUCGACGAUGCGAAAGCUUUGCUUGAUAGGAUGGAAAAUGAAGGCAUUUUCCCAGAUACAAUCACCUUCAACAUCUUGAUCUCGGGGCUUCGGAAGCAAGAGAAAGUUGCAGAGGCAAUGGAGCUUCUAGAGAGGAUGAAACUCAAAGGGUGUCAACCGAAUGCGGGGUCUUAUCAGGAGGUUUUGUAUGGUUUGCUUGAUGAGGGGAGGUUCCUGGAGGCGAAGGAAUUUUUGGCUGAAAUGAUAUCCGCAGGGAUCAAUCCCAGUUUUGUCUCUUAUAAAUUGGUGAUAAGAGGUCUUUGCAAGGAAAAGUUGGUAGGGGAUGUAGAUUGGGUGCUGAAACGGAUGGUCGAGCACGGUUUUGUCCCGAAGAUGGGGAUGUGGAGACAGAUCCUUCAGAGCAUGUUCUCCCGACAUGCAUGUGACGUCAUUUUUCGUGAAAAGCUUCUAGAGAGUAGUUCGCUUGGAGAGGAAAAAAAUGGAACCGACGAACAUUUCUCUUAGAAACUAUGGUUUUUUGACGGAUGGAAAGUUUAGCCCCAAGAUCAAUCAGUGUGGUAAUGACUACAAAAAAUUUAUGGGAGGCAGCUCCGAGAGGAGAGAGCUAACUGGCAUAUGGAAGAUUAUGAUGGGCAAUAUGCAAGCCAGGAUAUAAACACAUGCAUCUUGGAAGCUCCAACGAGCCAGGUGUGGUGGUCUAAUACUUUAGUUGCUAUCUAACUGCAAGAAGCAAGUAGGUGAAAAAUGUCUUGACUCAGGCGAAAGCCGCAGGUCUUGUUGGAAGAGGAGUUAAACUGUUGAAUCUCCGGUACUCCGCCAAUAAAUUAUCUAAUGCCCGUGCCAUGCCAAGCAUCCUUGCGGGAUGUUGAAAUUCAAGAAAAGCUGUGCGGACGUGUGUUGUUUGCAAAAUGUGAACCUGCAACAGUGAAUGGUGAUCAACUUGUGAGGUUGAGCAUAGCGGUUGGAAGGAUCUAGGAGUACUUGGGUGGAUCUUCAAGGAAGUCAGAAAACUGAAAGUCUCGCGAAUGUCCGAAAAGACCAAGACUCUUCUCCCUCUUCUCCAGGAGGGGUACAACGAUACACAAUUUCAUUGUCAGUUCGGAAGAAGAUCCAACUUCACUGGACGAUCUCCCAGAGCCAUUACUUGGAAGACGGCAGUCAUUCAGAACUUCAUAAGAUCAAACUGGUCAUAAUUUUAGACUCCAAAAGAAAGAUUGUAGACAUUGAUAUAGCUAAUGCGGUGAACAGCCGCUGCAUUUUCGGUUUUUAAUUGCCAGUUUUCAUUCUUUA